AUGUCAAGCUAUCGAAGCGAUGUCGAUCCCUUCAAGGAGAUUCGCGUCUUUCCGCGCGAGGCGGCCCAACUGCGCCACCAUCUCAGCCGCAUCAACCACGCAUUACAAACCAAGUACUUCGUGGCGGCGGAGCUGUCGGAGCUGGCACUGCAGCCGGACAGGUCGGAUGAGUUCCUGGCCCUCUACAAGGCAGAGAUCCACCGCGUGGUGGCGAAGCUCAACACGAACGCGAAGAAGCAGUACACCGUGACGGUGGACCCGCUGCGGCUGACGACUGGAUUCGAGUUCAAGCGCGGUGCGGACCGCAAGGGCAAUCUCGGGACAGCUGUCGCUGCAGCGACUGUCGAGGGGUUGACGUCCCCCGGCAUAGAUGCAAAGUGGACUGCAUCUCUCGUGGAGACAAGCAGGCUGCUCGCCCAACAGCACGCCAUCGACUCCAACCGUCAGGCGCUCUCGACCGCAUUACAGUCAACGCCAUCGUCGCAGCAAGCGCAGGGCUUGAAAGGAGGUGGCGCCGCGGCAGCUGCGGGCAGUGAUGGGAUCGGCGAUGCCUCCACCUGUGCCAUUGACUCCGAUGUGCGCAAAGCCAACAAAGAGAGCUUCUUGUUUAGCACCCCACCAGAGUUCACAGGAUUUGCCCCGGCAGGUGCCUCACCUGGGGCGCCAUAA